AUGGCAUCUUUUAGUGGUUUAGGAAUUGGUUUGAGUUUUGUUUUUGGAUGUAUACUCAUGGGACUAGUAGCAGAGUUGUAUUACUUGUUAUGGGUAAAGAAAAGAAUCCCAAAGAGUGAAUCAGAGGAUGAAUACAGCAGCAGCAGCAGUUAUGGGACUGAACUUUUUCAUCUUUUAUGUUGGAAGAAGCCUAAUUCAGUAAACAAUGUAAGCAGUCAAGAACUAAACAGCACAUUGAGAAAUCCGGAAAUGAAUGGUCAAGAUCAAGAUUUGGAGUUAGGCAAUAGCAAAGAUUUGCUACUAAAAGGGUAUGGUGAAGAUAGUGUGGAGUCAGAAUUAAUGAGGUUACACAAUCUUUGUGGACCUCCAAGAUUUUUAUUCACAAUUAAAGAGGAAACAAAAGAAGAUUUGGAAUCUGAAGAUGGUAAAUCAAGAGGUGAUAGAAGUAGAACUUGUUCAAGAACUAGAAGUUUAAGUGACUUAAUUCUUACUCCUUUGUCUUCACCUCCUAUUAAAGGUCACAAUCUUGAUUCUUACAAUUGCCAAGGAUUCAAUCCUCUCUUUGAAUCUUCAACAGAAUCUGAACUAAACAGAUUAAGAUCUUCUCCCCCUCCAAAAUUUAAGUUCCUAAGAGAUGCUGAGGAGAAACUUAUAAGAAGAUUGAUUGAAGAAGCUGAGAAAAGGGGUCUUAAAAAUGAGGUUUCUUUUCAAGAUUCUGCAAUUAAUAAACCAUUUGCUAAUGAGGAGAAAGGGUCAUUUAUUUCUUUUCUUGGUAAGAGCAAAUUGAGGGAGCCACUUCAGCAAUUACAAGUUCACAAUUCUACUUCUGUAAAGGUAAUUCCAUUGGCUUCUUCACCUUCAACUUACAAGCCAGUUGAUAAUGAAUCUGAUAUGGUUUAA